AUGACAAUCACUGACCAGCACGCUCCCCGGCUCCAGAAACUACGCGGUGCCAUCGACCGAACUCUUGCGGAAGAACAAGCUCGACAUCAAGCUGCCCAAGUCGAGAGAGCUGCUAAUGCUGGCCGUCGUCCUGGAGCCCCUGUUUCACGAAGCGCCAGCGGUAGGAGCGAUGUAGCAGCCCAGCGGACCCGCGCCAAGCAGGCUGGCCAGGAUGGAAAGGAUGGCGAUGGGCCUCUGAACCCAGAUCCAGCUGUAUUUGAGGCUGCCUUUGUGAUUGACGACGAGGAGCUGUCAAGAGAGCCCACGCCUGCGCCUACGGCCAAGGAUCAGCCGGAGAAAGACAGCCCCAUGGCAGAGGAGAAUGGCAAGAAAGAGCUCUCGGAAAAGGGAGAUGGUGAUAAAGUGCAGCCAAGCAAUCAGUCCAGCGGCAACAAUACCGAGCCCGGCGAAACUCCCAAGCCCAGCCCUUCGACCAACUCAAAAUCGGAGCUGCCUCCCGAGAUCCGAGCAAAGCUGCGCAAACUGGAGAAGCUCGAGGCUACGUAUCCAGAGCUGCUUCGAUCGUAUCGCAUAGCCCAUGGCCGGGCCACCUCGAUCGAGCCCUUUGAGCGGGCACUCCGCGAAAAUACACCGCUCACCUCCAUCAAGGACCCGGGUGCCUUGACCGAAUACCUGAACCAGCUCAGCCUCAAGGGCGACAUGGUGAUGGAAGAGCUCAAGCGUGUCUCGGCUGAAAAGGACAGCUUCAAGCAGAAGUCUGAGGCCGCCGACAAGGAAGUCGAGGCUUUGAAGCAAAAGCUGGCAGCUCUGGAAUCCGGCAAAUCUGCCGAAACGACCACAGAGGAGAGUGCGACGAGGAGCUCUGCUGAUGGCCAGAAGCCCGCGGACUCGAGCGCUCAGUCGACUGCGCCUUCUGCGGCCAAGUCGCCCGUCUCUCAAGUGCUUGGCAUCUUUUCACCCAAACAGAAGCCCCAGACUGCCCCAGAUGUAGACAAGGAGCCCGAGGAGUUCUUCUCCUACGACAGUGAGAUUCCACAACUGCAAGCUGAAGUGACUUCCAAGACCGAGGAAGUCGAGAACUUGACGCGAGAGGUCGAGACACUGCGCAGUGAGCUCGCCACCGCCAAGGAGAACAGCUCCGGCCUGCAGGCAAAUCUCGAGGAUGUCACUAGGAAGCUCAGCGAGUCGCAGGAUGCGGUUGCGGUGCAGGAGUCGCUCAAGACACAACUCGAAGCUAGAAAGACCGAGAUCGCCUCUCUGACGGACCGCCUGGACAAGACCCAGACCGAGCUACGUGACGUAGAGAAGCAGCUGGAGAAGGAAAAGGCAGCGUCUGCCGCGGCACAGAAGCAGCACGACUCGGCAUUGGCUCAAUCUGCGUCCCACAAGACGAAGCUCGAAGAUGAAGUCCGUGCCGUUCAAAAGGCGAAGGAGGCCCUCGAUAAGCAGAUUGCAGCACUGAACGGCCAGAUCGAAACUCUCAAGAAGGGCAAAUCGGACAAUGAGGCUAAAAUUGAGGAGUUGGGCAGGAAACUCCAGGCGCCGCCCACGCCAACAAGCGCGACCGCCUCGGAGAACGUGGAAGUGCCCGCGGCUGCGGGAACAAGUAGUACUGCUGCAAAGAAGAAGAACAAAAAGAAGAAGAAGGGCGGCGCUGCUUCUGCUGCUGCUGCGGCAAGUGGAGCUGCAGAUGCUACCGGCGCAGAGACUCCUGCCGCGUCCUCGCCCUCGGAAGCUCAAGGUACCGGGGAGUUGAGGGCAGAGAUCCAUCAAUUGAAAGAGCAAAUCAGCCAGAAGGACGAGCAGAUUGAGAAGCUGUCUCAGAGGAAGAAGACGGAAGAAGAUCUGCGGGAGGAGAUUGAGCACCUCGAAGAGAACUUGCUCCAUGUCGGCCAGGAGCAUGUCGAAGCCAAGGAGAAGAUCAAGAGCUUGGAGGAGGAGAAGCGGAAUCUCAAGGGGCGGAUCGCCGAACUGGAGAAGGAGCUGGCUGCCUCGACGUCAUCUGCCGAGUCCAACUCGAAGGUCCAAGAAGAGUUUGCAUCGCUGAAGCAAGAAUAUGAGGAUCUGCAGGCCAAGUCGUCGACUUUGCAGUCCGAUCUGGGAGCUGCUCAACAGCUGGCGCAGACUCGCUACAAGGACCUCACCGAAUUGCGCGAGAUUCUACAAAAGGCGCAGCCGGAGCUCAAGAGCCUACGGCAAGAGUCGGAGACUCUCAAGACGACCAAGGCAGAGCUUGCUACCAAGACCACGGAGCUACGUAGCAUGGAGAAGAGGGAGAAGGAGCUCAAGACAGAGGUCGCCAGGGCCCAGCGGCUUGCCACGGAUCGAGAAAGCGAGAUCAAGACGCUGAGGGAGAAGGUCACGGCGGAGACGAAUCAGAAGGUCAAGCUCGAAGACGAGAAGCGCGUCGCCGGUCGCGACUUGCGGCGGGCAGAGGCCGAAAAGAUCGAGCUGAGCGCCAAGGAAGAGAAGGCGACGCGCGAGCUGCAGAAGCUACAAGAUGAGCUGGCCAAGAGCCGGCCGAAGCUGAAGGAGCUCGAGGACGAGAUCACAAAGCUACGCAAGGAGCAAGAGGUGCUACGGGAGGAGGCGGAACUCAAGACGUCACAAUAUGCCAACGCGCAGAACCUGCUGGGCAGCAUGCGGGACCAGACGGCGGAGCUCAGCAUACAGCUCAAGGAGUCGCAGGGGCAGGCCGAGUCGCUCGACGAAGAGCUCAACGAGUGCCGCAAGCUGCUGGGCGAGCGGACACGCGAGGCAGAGACGAUGCGGCGGCUGCUGGCCGACGUGGACGAGCGCGCAGACUCCAAGGUGCGCGACAUGCGGGCGCGCCUAGACGCGGCUGUCGAGGAGCGGGACCGCCUGGAGGACGAGUCGAGCACGCUGGCGCGGCGCAAGGCGCGCGAGGCAGAGGAGCUCAAGACCAAGAUCCGCGACCUGGAGCGGGAGGUCAAGGCGCUGAGCGGGGAGAAGGAGGAGCUGGAGCAGCGGGAGAAGGAGUGGCGGCGCCGGCGCGAGGAGCUCGAGUCGGUGGAGGAGAAGGCCGAGGCGGAGACGGCCGAGAUGCGGUCGACGGUGUCGAGCCUGCGGACGACGCUGGACGCGUCGGAGCAGCAGGUGCGGGAUGCGGAGAAGCGCAACGCGGACCUGCGGCGGGGCCUGGACGAGCUGCGGCAGCGGUACGACAAGCUGUCGAAGGAGAGCAAGGGCCUGCAGGCGCGACUGGGAUCGUCGUUCUCGCCGGGCCCGGCCGGGUCGGGCCGGAGCUCGAUGGACUCGACGCGCUCGGGCCCGGCGGCCAACGGUGCCAGCGGCCAGGGCGGCCCCGACACGAUGUACCUCAAGACGAUUCUGCUGCAGUUCUUGGAGCAGAAGGACAACAAGCUGAGGGCGCAGCUAGUGCCGGUGCUGGGGAAGCUCUUGAAGUUUGACAGGUAG